AUGGCUCCAGAACCGAGGGAUGUAUCUUGGAGAAAUCUGGUGAUACCAUACAGAGUUUUGCCACUUUGCAGGCUAGGUGUCAUUGUUGCAGCCUCUCUUCUUACAAUUUUCUUUGCAAUCCCAGUCACUGCUGUCCAAGGUAUAGCCAAGUUUGAGAAACUGAAAAAAUGGUUUCCUCCAGCCAUGGCUUUACAGUUGAUACUUCCCUAUUUGAAUGGAAGUAGAUUCAACAUCAGUGAUGACACAAUUAAUGGUACCUGUAUGUGUGCGUGUGGUGAGGGGUUCAAUAAUUAUGGUGGUAUAUAUGUCCAGAGGAAUCCACGGCUGAAAGUCAAGGUGGUGGAUGGGAGUAGCUUGGCUGUGGCCGUCAUCCUUAACAGCAUUCCGAAAGGGACAACCCAGGUUCUCCUUACAGGCAACCUCACAAAGGUUGCUUAUGCCCUUGCCUUUUCUUGGUGCCAAAGAGAUAUCCAGGUAGUUACAUUACAGCAGGCUGAGUAUUUGAAGCUCACCAAAUCAUUAAAUGGUACAGAGGGUAAGGUGGUUCAUGACAGAAGCUAUGCUCAAAAGAUUUGGUUGGUGGGAGAUGGGUUGAGUAAAAAAGAACAGUUGAGUGCACCAAAAGGAACAAGUUUUGUUCCUUUCUCUCAAUUUCCACCAAAACAGUUGCGCAGAGACUGCCUCUACCACUACACACCAGCAAUGAAGAUCCCCAAGUCUCUUGAGAAUGUUUACUCUUGUGAGAACUGGUUGCCAAGGAGGGUGAUGAGUGCGUCGCGUAUAGCAGGAAUAGUGCAUGCAUUGGAAGGUUGGAAUGAGCACGAGUGUGGUCACACCAUGUCCAGCAUUGACAAAGUUUGGCAAGCAACUCUUCGACAUGGCUUUCAGCCUCUAGUCUCCAAAGAGGCAAAGAUUGAUUAG